CUUUUUGUCAAAUCUUUAAUGUGGGAAAACUUCAGCGUGGUAAAAACGUCAGGGUGUUGGAGGAGAUAAGAGAAAAAACAGGAUAAAUGUGUAAAAAUUGGUGAAAAGCGCUGCAAAAACAUUUCCUCAUAUUUUGUUAUUUGAUGGAUUCAGAAGCGGACACUGUGUUUGUGGACAAGGACAGCGGAAUUGCAUCAAUGAGUGGCAGCAAGGACGACACGCCGGAACGUUCCGCCUCAAAUGCCUUAGCCGGAGGCGAUGGGGAUGGUUCUGGAGACAGCUAUGACGACGAGCCAGAUGAGAGCUUUGGAGAGCGCCUCUGGGGUCUUACAGAAAUGUUCCCAGAUCCAGUACGUAAUGUCUGUGCAACAGUGACGGAUUUAUCAACACGUAGCGUGAAGUCCAUGUUCAAGAUCACCUGCAGUGCAUCGUGGAUCUUCUUCACGAGCUCCAUUCUCCUCUUUGCACCAGUCUUCAUCGAAGUGGAACGUGCUCAGCUGCAAGAGGCGCAGCGUAAUCAGCAGAAGCAAGCCCUUCUGGGUCCCAGUUCCGCAUUAGCAGCCACUCCGGGUGGUGGGAUGCCCUCCUUGCCGCCAAUGAGCCGAUAAUCCCCAUCGGCACACUUCCCCUGCUCCCUGAUCAACACUCCUCUCUUCUAGCUGCCUCAUUCUAAGGGGAAAAAUUCAUAGUCGACUCUUUGAUGCGCUGUCGAGGAAUGUCUAAAUUACAGAAAUGAUAAAAAAAAACGGUUAGCAUUUAGCAACAAAA